AUGAGCACACAUCAAUUGCAACCAAUCAGUGUGUUUUAUAUACCAAAAGAUCUCAUUAGUGCCUUUUCUCCUGCCGAUCAACCUUCAGACGUUGCUCGUUUAGAAUCCCAGCCUCCAUCGAAUCUCGAGACUUAUGCACUGGAAAACUUACAAAUUCAACAAGAAACCGAUCGUGAUAAAGAAGCUUUAGCUUGUAAUACAUGCGGUAUUGAGUUUCCUUUGCACGAUCGAACGGAACAUCGCAAACAUUUCGCAACCGACUGGCAUCGCUAUAAUGUCAAGCGACGUCUUGUGCUCGGAGCACCUCCAGUAACACAGCCCGAGUUUGAAGAUUUGUUAGCCGGUAUAUAUUUUUCCGUCGAUUCCUGGGAUGAUAUUAAUAUGAUCUUGCAUGUCAUAGAUCUGAGUGACAGUUUAUCCGGCUCUGGCUCCGAGGAUUCGGACGAUGAAGAGGACCGCCGUGACAAUGACAAGAUUGCGACUCUUGUUGGUAAACAGCAGAUGCAGGACUCGGUGGUAGCUGAUCUUAUCCAGCAGGCAACAAGCGAUCUCCAACUAUCUCCUUUGCAACGAAAAUACUCGGCCUUGACAUGGUAUACAGCUUCGAAUUUAUACCCGGCUUCGCUGCAUUUCGGCCUCUAUCGAAACCUGUUUACCUCCCUGGAUGACAACUGCAAGAUUGAAAAAUUACAAGCCGAACAAUACUUGGGCAAACCUAGAAUAUGGACAGUGCUGCUCAUGGGAGGUGGUCAUUUUGCGGGAGCCGUCCUCGAUAUCACCAAAAGUCCCGGCGUAGCGGAAACCCGACAUGAGAAGCAAAUGAAAAUGUUGGAACAUAAAACGUUUCAUCGCUAUACCACUCGUAGAAAGCAAGGUGGAGCUCAAUCUGCCAAUGAUAAUGCCAAGGGUAACGCUAAUUCCGCCGGUGCACAAAUUCGACGCCAUAACGAGCAGCAGCUUCAACAGGAAAUCCGAGAGGUUUUAUCGCAAUGGAAAAAAUACAUUGAUGCGAGUGAGUUGGUUCUCGUGCAUGCACCGAGCAGUAACAAGAAAAUCAUUUAUGGCUAUAAUGAAGCCAUACUCCGUAAAGAUGAUCCACGCCUGAGAAGCAUUCCAUUUUCGACGCGAAGACCUACGUUGAAUGAAGUGAAACGAGUCUUUUUGGAAAUCACCACUGUGAAAGUGUUGGAAAUGGAUGCCGAUGUAUUGCAAGAGCAUCAACAAAAGUUAGCGGCAAAAGAAGAAAAAAUACGCCAACAAUUGGAGAAAUCACGCAGUAAAAAGGAAUCAUCGCCUGUGGCGACGCGGGAAAAUGCCAAACGACAGAUUUCUUCGGAAACAGAGAAAUUGGUGCUGUUAAUCAAACAAGGCAAAACUCAAGUGGUCACUGCGUACAUCAACAAUCAUCCGGAUGUGCCCGUCUCAUCCUCGCUACCCGAAGACGUUCAGGCGGAGGAUACGUUGCGAUUGCCGUCUGUCUUGCAUAUUGCGUCCAAUUAUGGCCAUCCGGAGCUUGUCUCUCAAUUGAUUCGGGAAUACAAUGCCGACCCGACGAUCAAGAAUCGUAUAGGUAAAACCGCUUAUGAGGUGGCCAAAAACAAGGAGACACGAAAUGCGUUCCGCCGAUGUAUGUGCGAUUUGCCCAAUCAGUGGAAUUGGUUACAAGAAGCACACGUACCCAGCCCACUGACGAAAGAAGCGGAAGCGCAGUUGAUGGAGAAGGAACGACAAAAGCAACAAAAGGAAGAGGAGCGCAAACGGUUGAUCGAAGAAGAACGAUGCAAAAAGGAGGAAGCACACCAACGAGAGAUGGAAGCAGAAGCGGCGGCGGCUGCUAAUGCGCGAAAGAAACCUCAAAAAUUGGACCCGAUUGCCAAAGCGCUCUUGGGUUCCAGUCAUGCGGUCAAUACGGCCAACAUGUCACCCGAAGCACGCAUGCGAUUGGAGCGGGAAAAGAGAGCGAGAGCCGCAGAAGAACGCUUAAGACGUCUUCAGGGUCGAUAA